AUGAGUGAAGAGAAGAAAGUGUUAACAGAAGAACAAAUUUCAAUGAUAGAGAAGAUUGAAAUAAAUGGAAAGAAUCAAAACUUAACAAACCAAAACGAAAUAGAAAUAAUAAUAAAUAAAUGUUUAAAUGAAGGAGAUAGAUAUUUAAGUGUAGUAAAUAAGUUAUUAUCAGACUCUGAAAUUUUAAGUCAUUAUAGAGAAAAUGAGAAUGGAAUGAAAUUAGUAAUGAAUAUGGUUAUUAAAUCCAUUAAUGAUUUUAUGAAAUCUGAUGGAAAAGAAAAUAUAAAUAAUAUUAAGAAUAAAUUAAGUAUUAGUUGGAUUUGUGGAGCAGUAAAAGGGGCUAAAUUAUAUAAAAUAAAUAAUGAAGAAAAUAUAGAAAUAUUUAAUAAAUUCUUAACGUUUAUUUUAAAUAGAAAUAAACGAGAAGAAGCAACAAUAAUUAAUGGAAUUGUUAUGAACAUUUAUACAUCUCAAGUAAUUCAAAAUGAUAAUUCAUGUAAUUUUUUUGAGGAAAUAUUAAAUAAAUUUGGAGUGUUAGAAGAAUAUGCAGAAAUGGAUGAUAUAAUAUUUUAUGAAUAUCAAUGUGGAUUAGCAAUGAUGUUAUUUACAAUGAUUGGAAGAAAUGAAUUAUUUAGAUAUAGAGGAAUUGUUCAACAUAAAUAUAUUGAAUUUUUUAAUUUUAUAUUAAAAAGAAAUUCAGUAUUAAAAGAAAUAGUUUCAUAUGAAAAAUUUAUAGAACCAAUAAGAUUAGAUUUAGAGUCAUUACCAUUAUUUAUUCAUAUGUUAAAAAUAUUUAUUCAAUGUGAACAAAUUAAUGAAUGUAAUAAAGUAUUUAAUGAAUUUUGUCAUUCAUUAUUAUUAUUUCAAGGAAGACAAAAAUUAUUAUUACCAAUAAAUCUAUUAGAAUAUUUAUUAAAUCCUUUAUUAAUUCAAUUUAUUAAAAUGCCAUGGUAUUCAAAAUUAAUAUUAAAUACAAUUAAUGAACCUUUACAUUCAGCAUUAAUUUCUUCAAAUAUAAAAUUAAGAGAAGAAGUAUUUAAAUUAAUAACUCAAAUAGAAUUAAAAGAAGUUACAGAACCUUUUCUUCAAUUAGCAACAUUUUAUCUUCAUUCAACAACAGAAAAUGGAUUAUUUGAAUAUAUGACAUUUGUUAAUAUUGCAAGUAGAAAUAAUAAUGAAAUAGCAAAAAAAGCUGUUAUAAUUCUUAUAAAUAAUGUGUUUAAUGGAGAAGAAAUACCAAAUGUAAAAGAAGAUUUUUAUAAUGUAGUAAUAUCAUUAAUUCCAUUAUCUUUUGAUGAAGAAUAUAUUCAACUUAUUUUUAAAUUAUUAAGAAUUACAUGGAAAAAUAAAAAAAAUAAAAAAGUAUUUAAUUAUUUUAUUAAUGAAUUUAGUAAUAAAUUAAUGGAAUUAAAACAGUUUUAUAUUCUUAUUAUUAAAGAACUUAUUCAAUCAAUUAGUUCAAGUAGUAUAAAUGAAAUGUAUAAAAUUGAUAAUGUUUCAAUAAUUCAUUAUCCAAAAUUAUUACCAGUUAUUAUUAAUUUCAUGUCUUUAAAAAUAUGUCCGUUAGACCUUUUUUUAUCAAUAGAAAAAUUAUUUAUUUCAUUUAAUUUAAAUUUGUAUUAUGUUUCUAAAUAUUGUAGUUGUCAAAUUAUUAAUUUAAUUACUCAAAAUGAUCCAUCACUUAUUACUGAACAAUUACAACAAUUAUUAGAAAUUAUUUUAUUAUAUUCUUCACUACCUCAAGCUGGAAAACAAUUAACUAAAGCAUUGGAAGAAGGAAAAGGAAAAAAUACAAUUAUUAAAUUAAUAUAUAAAUUAUUAUCAAGUCAAUUACAAAAACCUACAUAUUCAAUUCAUUUUAUUGGAUCACCAUUAAUAUAUUCUCAAUCUUUAACAAUACAAUUUAAAUCAACAACAAUUGUUUUUUGUUUUUCAUAUUCAUUAGAAUCUGAAUCAAAACAAUGUAUUUUUAAUUUUAUUGGUGAAGGAAAUUCAUUAACAUUAUAUCUUGAGAAUAAUUCAUUAUUAUUAGUAUUUAAUGAAAAUACUUUAAAUGAAUUAAAAAUUUCAUUUAAUUAUAUUCUUCAUCCAAAAGUAUGGUAUUUAAUAUUUAUUAAUUUUGAAUUAAAAAAUACUCUUCCUAUUAUUCAUUUAAUUAUUUAUAAUAAUUCAAUUAAUCCUUUAUUUGAACAAAAUAUUGAAUAUAAACUUAAAGAUAAUUACUUAAGUAGUAAUAAAAAUUAUAUUGGAACUUCAUUUAAAUCAAAAUUCCCAUUUUAUGGGUGA